GUAAUUAAUUGUGAUCGUUUACAAAGGCACAAACAGCAUUUCACUUUUUGUUCACUCUUUUCUCAAGAUGACUGGUGUUCCCGAAGGAGACUCUGUAUCCCUUGGCAAGCUCAAGCAAUUGAUGGCUGACUUCGCCAAAGAAAGGGAUUGGGAUCAAUAUCACACCCCAAGAAACCUUCUCUUAGCUAUGGUGGGUGAAGUAGGAGAAUUGUCUGAGAUAUUUCAAUGGAAAGGUGAGGUUCAAAGGGGAAUUCCAGAUUGGAAAGAAGAGGAAAAGAUUCAUCUUGGAGAAGAGCUUUCUGAUGUUUUGCUUUAUCUGGUGAGGCUCUCUGACAUCUGUGGUGUUGAUCUUGGCAAAGCUGCUUUGAGAAAAGUUGAACUUAAUGCUAUCAAAUAUCCAGCAAAAGCUAGCAAAGAGGUCACAAACAAGGAAAAUGAAAUUGAAAACUCUUCCACAGCCAAUAAUGGUACUGUUGAAGAGAAUUGAUAAUAUGUAUAUGGGGGGUGGGACAGUAGGGGAGGUAGUAUAAUGGUUUGUAUGCCAUUGCAUUGAAACUGGUUUUUGAAUUUGUUUAGGUACUGUUUAGCAUGAAUCAUGUCUCCUUUACUGAUAUGAGUAGUAUGUUGAACUCUGUUUUAUCCAUUUUAAUGUGGAUUUCUUUUGUUUGAUCGCAUUUUUCUGA